AUGGCGGUAACCGCCGAAAAUCUUCAUGAUGACAAGGGUCCUAAGAUUCUAGCUGUGCUAUGGACCUUGACUGGAAUAACAACCCUCAUGGUCAUAGCUAGGAUCUACAUUCGACUUAGGGUGCUGCGAAACUUUGGUAUGGACGAUUAUUUGAUUGUCGUUUCCAUGAUCAUGGGACUUGCAUACUGCGCAAUCUCUACAGUAGGCGUGAGCUUGGGCUUUGGGAAACAUGCUAUGUACUUGACUACGGAAAACCUGGAGAAAGCCAUUCUGCUCAAUACAGUUAGCUUUUUGUUUGGGAUCCUCUCCUUCACUAUUCCCAAGAUCGCCGUGACCUCAAUGUUGACCCGGAUCUUGAACCCCAAGGCAAUCCAUAAGGCUAUACUAUGGACGAUGGUUGGAACUGCGGCUGUAGUGUCCAUUAUCUGCAUUCUGAUCCUCUUCACAAUGUGCGAUCCGGCAGAGGCACUGUGGACGCCCAGACUUAUGGCAGCAGGCGCCACCUGCAAGAGUACAACAAUGCUCAUUAACUAUGCUAUCUUCACUGGAGCCAUCUCCGCCGUUGUUGACUUGACUCUGGCCAUUUAUCCGACCACCGUCUUGCUCAAGCUCCAUAUGUCUCUACGAAAGAGAAUUGCGUUAUGUGCUGCUUUGGGGCUUGGUGCAAUUGCUUCUGCAAUGGCGAUUGUCAAGUGUACCCAACUUCACGGACUCGCCGACAAAAAAGACUAUACAUACGGUACUGCCGACCUUGUCAUGUGGACCAAUAUUGAGGCCGACGUCGUCGUUAUAGCAUCGUGUAUUCCCACUUUACAACCACUCCUCGAAAUUAUUCUCGGCAAAAGAGUGUCACCCUCCUACAGCCAAGGAAAGAGCGAUCAAUUCAAAGGAAGCAGCAAUUUCCCCUCCUCAUACAAUCGCUCCAGGCAACAGUCAAAGACACACGACGAGCUCGGAUUCACCAACAUCGACCGAGAAAGUCAAGAAAGCAUCCUUCCCGCCAAUAGCAACGGGACCAAUAGCCACGCUCUGGGACAUAUCCACCGCAAAGAUGAUGUGACUGUGGAAUACGAACCAGCUGCACCCAAAUCAGGAUCAGGGCGUACUUCUUGGUGA